GAAAUAAUCGAGUUUAUGAGCGGAUGAGAUGAAAGGAGCGUGAUAAUAAAUUGGAGUUUGAGUGGGUUUAAGUAAGCCAAGGUUAUAAUGACAGCUGUGGCUACGUCUACAUACAUGGCUAACAGUAAAGCACAUGCAGCAAUGGUCAGACAUAAACACGUCCUCAAAGCAAUAAUAAUCCAUAGCUGGGAUGAAAUGUAAGUGUCGUGCUGCUGAUUCAGGAUCAGUCUUAAGACUAUAAUAUAAGAUACAGAUGAGCGGUUGUAGUCUCCGGUAGCUGAGUGGAACAGUUCGGUUUCCUGUAUUGUAAUCUGCUGUGGUUAGAGUCGCAGGUUCGAAUCUCGGUAGCUGCAAGUAUAGAAUAUAAAUUAAGCUUUAUGAAAAAAUAUGAUUUGUUUCCUGUAUAGACAGUUUAAAACAGUUUUACCAUUAAAAGCUAUUAAUUUACAGGUGUUUUUUUGUUUGUGAAAGUCAAAGAAAAGAAUGCACCAAGCCCAUAUAGACUUGGGAUCAGAUUAUUAGGGAUAUUUUCCACUCUCUAGUUUUUGAGUGCAAUAUACAUUUAAAAAUAUUUUCUACAGUGCAAUAUAUACGUCUCAUCUCAUCUCAUUAUCUCUCGCCGCUUUAUCCUUCUACAGGGUCGCAGGGAAGCUGGAGCCUAUCCCAGCUGACUACGGGCGAAAGGCGGGGUACACCCUGGACAAGUCGCCAGGUCAUCACAGGGCUGACACAUAGACACAGACAACCAUUCACACUCACAUUCACACCUACGGCCAAUUUAGAGUCACCAGUUAACCUAACCUGCAUGUCUUUGGACUGCGGGGGAAACCGGAGCACCCUUGCUGUGAGGCGACAGCGCUAACCACUACACCACCGUGCCGCCCCUGGUGUACCAACAUCUCUCCUGGAGUCAGGAUGAGCGCGAGGCAGUGUAAGAGCUGUGGUGGAGCGGAUAUAGACAUCGACCAGGCGCGUGGAAGUGCCGUGUGUACUGCCUGUGGCUCCGUGCUCGAGGAUAACAUCAUUGUGUCUGAGGUGCAGUUUGUGGAGAACAGCGGCGGAGGAGCGUCUGCGAUCGGACAGUUUGUGUCUGCUGAUGGUCCUUCAAAGGCCCCAGUGAUUGGAAGCGGCUUCCACACAAGUCUUGGGAAGGAGUCACGAGCGCAGACACUUCAGAAUGGGAAACGGCAAAUACACAGUCUGGGCAGCCAGCUGCAGCUGAACCAGCACUGCCUAGACACAGCCUUCAAUUUCUUCAAGAUGGUGGUGAGCAAGCAUCUGACAAGGGGGCGCAAGAUGGCCCACGUCAUAGCUGCCUGCCUCUAUCUGGUGUGCCGGACAGAGGGCACCCCCCACAUGCUUCUGGACCUGAGUGAUCUCUUACAGGUGAAUGUGUAUAUCCUGGGAAAGACUUUUCUGCUGUUGGCCAGAGAACUCUGCAUCAAUGCGCCUGCUGUCGAUCCAUGUCUGUAUAUUCCACGCUUUGCCCACAUGUUAGAGUUUGGAGAGAAAACCCAUGAAGUGUCCAUGACUGCACUGAGAUUGCUGCAGAGGAUGAAGAGAGACUGGAUGCACACAGGACGCAGACCAUCUGGACUCUGUGGCGCAGCUCUGUUGGUGGCGGCCCGCAUGCAUGAAUUCCGCCGCACGGUGAAGGAGGUCAUUGGCGUCGUGAAAGUAUGUGAGGCAACUCUCAGAAAGAGGCUGACAGAAUUUGAGGACACACCCACCAGUCACUUGACUAUUGAUGAGUUUAUGCGAGUGGACCUGGAGGAGGAGUGCGAUCCCCCUUCUUUCAUUGCUGGUCAAAAAAAGUUAAAGAUCCAGCAGCUGGAACAGGAACUGGCCAAGAAGCUUGAUGAAUAUCAAGGUGAGAUCAGCUCCUAUCAGGAUGAGAUUGAGACCGAACUGGAGAACAGCAGGCCUAAGCUGAGAGGAAUUUACGCCAUGUAUGCAAGAGAAGACACCAAUGAUGGCAGACUGUCUCUGGUGUCAGACCUCGUGGGAGAUGAGGACACGGAAGAUGAGGAGAUGGAGGCUGCAGCUCAGCACCUCAAUGAGGACUUCAUCAACCAGGUGUUACCUAAACUGGAGCUGGGCCCUCAGAGGUGCACAGAGGCACAGGAGCAGGGUAAAGAGGCGGCAGACCUGCCCAGUGGCUCCACCCGUGUGCCACUGACUUCACUGCUUGGCCCGCUUUCCACCGCUGCCAGCCUUGGCCUCACAGACUCUAUCCGCAGUUGUAUGACUGAGGAGGGGGAGGAUGAGGACAAGUCAGAUAACGGCGAGCUUGAUCUGGAAGGCAUCGACGAGAACGAGAUCGAAAAGUACAUUCUUAAUGACAACGAGGUCCAGGCUAAGACACAGCUGUGGAUGAAGCAAAAUGAAGAGUAUCUAAGGGAGCAGAAAGAAAAAGAAGAGAGGAUAGCCAAGGAGAAAGAGCAAGGGAUCUAUAAGGAGAAGUCAUCCCCCUGGUGGCCUAGUGGGGGUUUACUGGAUUAUCACACCAACGAACCAGGUUCGAAUCCCAGCAAAACCCUAACAAUAUAUUGGCCCAAAAAAACAUCCAAACGACGAGAGCCCAUUCGGGCCAGCACUGCAGGAGAGGCAAUAGAGAAGAUGCUGGAACAGAAGAAGAUUUCAAGCAAAAUCAAUUACGAUGUACUGCGAGACCUGAACAGCAAAGGCAGCAGCAGCCCAGCACACAAGACAGACGAAGUGUCUGGUAUUGUCCCUGGACGUAAGAAGCUCACCCGCCGCAAGAAACAGCCCAACAAGUGCAAUCUGGGUCUGGCCAAGCCUGCAAGCCUCAUGGGGAAAAGGCUCCGCCCCCUUAUAUCAUCAAACCCUAAGAAGAAAAGAGCAGCUACACAGAUUGUGCCCAGUGCUGCGAUGCUGCCGCCAGUGACCCUCGAGACUCCCCCUGCCCCUACUCCUCCUCCAGUCAUAGAGAGUGGCCCUGUGACAUAUGACGAGCCCACUGAGGAAGAGGAUGAGGAAGAGGUGGAAGAGCCCUGUGUUAGUGCUAUGAAGCUUAUGGGAGGGAACGAAUAUGGCUGUGAAGCCGAAGAGGAGGAUGUUUUUUAGUCUGCAGUGUUUGUCGUCUCAUCAGCAAGCUAUAAUUUCAUCAGGAUCUGAGAGCAAUGGCUUCUCCCCAUGUAGAUCCAGGACAGAGAGAAAAACAGGGCUUGGGCAUCUGCGCUAUUGUCAUUAGCAUGAAGGAACAUUCAUGCAUCAUUGGACUUAUUCAACUCCUGCAGCAUCUGAGACAAUAGAGAGACAUCUGAGGGUGUGUGUGACGUGGAAAACACAUGACUGAAGAUCAGAACUGUAGAUUUUGUGUACUUGGACUAUUAGACACAUGCUAAUCCACCAGAUGUGCAUUACUGUAAUUACUUAUAGGGAAACUGCUUAACAAACCAUACACAUGCAAAACGGAAAUCUAAUAAGCUUUUGAGCAUCUAGUUAUGUCACUGAUGCAGCCGAAUCAGCCAGUGUAGCAUUCAUUUAGGCAUUAAGCCCACUCAGGUGAUGUUUGGAUGAUCAGUGAUGAUUUUAUUGCCAUCUUCAUUUUUUUUCACACUUCUGAAUAAUGUAACAGUUGUUUCUGAUGUUUCUAGGUUGACAGCAGUAGUUUUUAAACAUGCUCGAAUGUGCUCUGGUAAAAGAAGUGACAUAUUUUGAGGGAAAAAAAUGUAAAGUAAUGGAUUUAUUUUGUGCUCUUUUAGUCUGGUUAGAGUUGUAACUUUUCUGUUUAAUACUAGCUCCAGUGUUUGUAGUCGAGUCACUAAGCCUCGAAUCCGAGUCCAGUCUCAAGUCCCCGGUGUUCAAUUCCAAGUCAUUUCAAGAAAAUUUCGAGUCGAGUCCAAGAACAAGACUCCAACCGCACUAUUUGACGGUGGCUGUUGCUGCCUUUAUGUGGUGCCUUUAUCCACCUCAUAGCUCCCUGUGGAGAUAUGAGUCUGUUUCAUAAAGCAGGUGCUCUGUACAGCUGACCUGUAAGAGCAACCCAAAGAUCUGAGCUUUAGAAUAGCAGACUGCUGUGAAUGCGAAUGAGCUUCUGACUUUGGGCAUAAAGUUCUCUUACAGGAGCUCUGCAAACCACAGCCUUCUACACCCCAUGGUAGUGCUUUCAUUUGGCUCCUGUUACACAACUGCACCUCAUAUAUACUGUACAGUGUUGUAGUUGAAUCACUAAACCUCGAGUCCGAGUCAAGUCCAAGAAUAAAACUCCAACCGUACCAUUUGACGGUGGCUGUUGCUGCCUUUAUGUGAAACCAUCUCUGCUACUGUGUUGGACUAACGUUACUGCUCGACUGCCCCAUUUUAGUUAAUAGGCUCCAGAUAAAAAGCUUGUUCAUCGCUCAGCAAGCCUUGCCCACUCUCAACAGGGCAAAUAACAUGAGAGAUGGUUAACACUAGCUAGUUCAUCGCUCAGCAAGCAAGCCCCGCUAUCAACAGAGCAAUGAACAUAGCGUGUCACUUCCUUCUCUGGGUGGAGUCUUACAAAAUGACGAUUGAAGUUCGAGGUUGUCCCUGUUGUCUCCUCGAUAGUUCUUCUACAUAUGGAACACGUAGCAGUGCAUUUUUUUCCACUGCACGAGAAGUCUGUAUAAGCAAACUGGACAAUCCUAGGGGCUUCUCUCCAGGCAUUUUAGCGCCAUUAGCGUUAGUUUGUUCCUGAACAUGACAUACGGUGGGGCAAAAAAGUAUUUAG